GGCUGCGGCGUGGAAGGUGUUGCUGGUGUGUAAGAAAGCUGUUGGUUUGGAUGCGGGAUCGUUCACUAUGGAAGAUUGCAGGCGUGUGCUUUGUGUUCCCAAGUGGCUCCGAGCUGCCUUUUUUGAAGAUGCUUCCCCCAUGGAGGGUGGGGCUCUGUGGAGAUGAAGAGGGGCAGGGCCUUCCAUCAGAAAAGCCUGUGGGUGAGGAUGCCCCACAGGCUUCUCUGACUUCCAUCUUCCUCAGAAACCUCAGGGGAUCACACGAUGGCAGCAGCCAGGCUCCUGCCACCACCAGCAGGACCCCAGCCCCUGUCAUUGCAGGCCAAGGUGACCUUUGAAGAUGUGGCUGUGCUCCUCUCCCAGGAGGAGUGGGACCGCCUGGGCCCUGCUCAGCGUGGCCUCUACCGACACGUGAUGAUGGAGACCUAUGGCAACGUGGUAUCACUGGGACUCCCAGGAUCGAAGCCCAAUGUGAUCUGUCAGCUGGAGCGAGGAGAAGAGCCUUGGGUCCUGGAUGGGCAAGGGGCUGAGGAGACUAGGGGCCUGGGCGGUGGACAUUCAGACGACUCCAAACGUGACCACAUGACAGCUUGUAGGCAAGACAGUUCCCCUUGUCCAUGGGAAUAUGAAAACAAGGGAGAAAACCAAAAUAGAGAUGUGAGUCGGAAGCCAUUUAUUUCAGAGGAAAUACCAGUGAUUCUGGAGAAAGCACCCACAGGAUGGUCUGAUCAAAGAAGUUACGAACCUGAGCAGAGUUUCUGUGUGAGUCCCAGCCCCAGUGGCCCACCUGAAGCUCAGGUCUCAAGCCAGAGUGUGCCUCUCUCGCAGAAUCAGGCUGUUCCUAGUGGGGAGAGGCCCUACAAGUGCACGGAGUGUGGGAAAUGCUUCGGUCGGAGCUCCCAUCUCCUCCAGCAUCAGAGAACACACACCGGAGAGAAGCCCUAUGUGUGCGGUGUGUGCGGGAAGGCCUUCAGCCAGAGCUCUGUCCUCAGUAAACAUAGGAGAAUCCACACCGGCGAGAAGCCCUACGAGUGUAAUGAAUGUGGAAAGGCCUUUCGAGUGAGCUCGGAUCUUGCUCAGCACCACAAGAUACACACGGGUGAGAAGCCGCAUGAGUGUCUUGAGUGUCGGAAGUCAUUCACUCAGCUCUCGCAUCUUAUUCAACACCAGAGGAUCCACACAGGAGAGAGGCCCUAUGUGUGCCCGCUCUGCGGGAAGGCAUUCAACCACAGCACCGUCCUGCGCAGCCACCAGCGGGUGCACACCGGGGAGAAGCCGCACGAGUGUGCACAGUGCGGCCGCGCCUUCAGUGUCAAGAGGACUCUCCUCCAGCACCAGCGGGUGCACACCGGGGAGAAGCCCUACGUGUGCGGUGAGUGCGGACACGCCUUCAGCGCCCGGAGGUCCCUGGUCCAGCACGAGAGAAUCCACACCGGCGAGAGGCCCUUCCGCUGCGCGCAGUGCGGCAAGGCCUUCAGCCUAAAAGCGACACUGAUCGUGCACCUGCGGACCCACACCGGGGAGCGGCCCUACGAGUGCAGCCGCUGCGGCAAGGCCUUCAGCCAGUACUCCGUGCUCAUCCAGCACCAGAGGAUCCACACGGGCGAGAGGCCCUACGAGUGCGGGGAGUGCGGGCGCGCCUUCAACCAGCACGGGCACCUGAUCCAGCACCAGAAGGUGCACAGGAAGCUGUGACCCCCGCUGCCCCUGGAGAAGCGACCCACACCCCACACACACACCACGAGCGCCGGGAGAAGGUUUCGGUAGCUCUGCGGGAUGCCAUUCUCUGGUAAUUUCGUGUCACAAGGAAUUCCAAAAGGAAGCACUGAGCGUGUUUCUGUGGAAGGACGUCAGAGCAUGCCUGUUUUGUUCUUCUCCACAUCUUGAAAUUACAUUGAAGAGUAAAUCACACAGCUAUAGUAAAUUUUGGUAAAGACGUUCAUAAUUCUUUAAUAUUAGAAAGCUUAUUGGAAGUAAGAAACUGAAGGAAGUGAAGACAUAAGGAUUAUUGUCACAAUAAAACUUCUUACAUUCUAAAUAAAGAUUUUUCUUGGAAUAUUA